AUGCAGCUGAUGAACGAGGUGUCAAACAAUAACAGGGCAUGGUACACCAGGGAUGUAGAAAUAGGAGAUCUUGGGUACAUAUUUGAACUUUCAGCUGAACAAAGGAAAAGAGAAGAAGAAAGGGAUCAAGAUAUGGCACACAUGAGGACCCAAGUAGAUCUACUUACGAAGCAUAUUGUCUCAAACUCAGAAAAAGUAAAUACCGCGGGACAGCCAACCAAGUAUGAAAAUCAGGAUAUCGAUCUAGAUGAGGAGGCUAAUUACCUGGGCAACCAAAGAAGUUUCCGAAUUUACAACUCGGGAAACCAGGGUUAUAAUUCUGGAAAUGCAGGUCGGAACUACUCAAGGGAAGGACAAUAUGAUAGGCCAGAAAACAGAAAGCAGGGAAACUGGCAGAACAGAGAUGGGUACAAAAAUGAUCGCAGCGGUGUCUAUGUGCCCCCAAGAAAUAGAGACCGGGCAAGUGGCAGUUCAAGUGGGUCUAAGCUGGAAGACAUGUUGGCCAAGGUGCUCCAAAAAGUUGAAUCAACUGAUGUAGGGGUAUCGGAGAUGAAAGGUGAUUUCUCUAGUAUGAGUCAACUCGUAGACUCUCACACCACCUCAAUCAAGCAAAUUGAGCAGCAGUUGGGGCAACUUUCAGCCUCAUUAAAUCAAAGGAAGAAUGGGUCACUACCAAAUGACACAAUCCAAAACCCUAAGAAGGACAGGCACUGCAUGGCUAUCGCCACUAGGAGUGGUAAGAUUAUUACUGACCCAAUUUCUACAGUGAAUAUCCCACUGAUGGAAGCACUAGAACAAAUGCCAGGAUAUGUCAAGUUCAUGAAAGACUUGGUUACAAAGAAGAGAGCUGUAAGUAUUGAUUUGACUAACCGUGUUCAUCACUACAGUGCUAUUGCUACUAGGUCUCUGGUACAGAAGAAGGAGGAUCCAAGUGCAUUCACCAUACUAUGCACUAUCAGAUCAAUCAAAUUAACAAAGGCCUUGUGCGAUUUAGGGGCCAUUAUAAACUUGAUGCCGCUGGCCAUCUACAAGAAACUGGGGUUUGGAGUUCCAAAACCUACAGCCAUGAGGUUGAUGAUGGAAGAUAGACCAUUUCUGGCCACGAGACGAGCAUUGGUAGAUGUUGAGCGAGGAGAGCAGAAAUUCAGACUCAACAAAGAAGAGGUAAAGUUUAAUAGUUGCAGGUCCAUGAAGAAGCCAUAUGACAUGAAUGUGGUGUCUGUGAUAGAGGUUUUUUAUGAAGAAGAAAUGGGAGCAACCAUUGAAGAGAGGUUGGUUGUUGAAAUCUUAGUUGCAGUGAUUAUGAAUUUUGAAGCUGAUUUUUGGUCUGACUAUGUAGAGACUGUGAAUGCUUUGCAGGGUAUGGGAGCACACACUUAUGCUCCAAAGAUAUUGGACCUGGAUUUGAAAAAUAGGCCAAGUCCUCCAGCAAAACCAUCCAUUGAGGAGCCACCUGUGCUGGAACUGAAACAGUUACCCAGUCACUUGAGGUAUGUAUUUUUGGGAGCUAACAACACUUUACCUAUGAUUUUGGCUGCAAAUUUGAAUGAUGAACAGGUUCAAGUUGUGAUCAAAGUGUUGAUAACGUACAAAAGGGCCAUUGGGUGGACCAUUGCUGACAUCACCGGGAUGCCUCCAAGUAUAUGCACCCAUAAGAUUCAACUUGAGGAGGACUGCAGUCCAAGCAUUAAACACUAG